UACUUCAUUUAACCCCCCCUUGCACAUGCACUUGCGACCAGAACCAUUGCAGCAGUAAACUCAGUUCUCCAGAAGGUAAUUCGCAGUGCGCACAGUACUUUGCAUCGCUACCUAAGCUGAAGGGUCACCGCAGCGACUUGAUCCCACCCGCCUGCCUCCCGAUCGAUAGCCCACCUAUAGCUUCCGCGAUCAGCGCUUCACACUGACACCAGAACUUCACUUACUACAACUAGUCACCAAUAGCAAACAGGCAAAAAUGAGCUGGGAGGAGCCAUAUCAGACGGAAAAGGCGUCGAGGCAUUUAUCGACAAAUACAAGAAGCGCUGGGAUAUCCUUACUUUGGCCCAGCCAACCCUUCUCAACUCAUGACUUCGCAUUAAAAGGAUCGUCUCGUAAGCUGGAAAUAAUUUCCACAGAAGCUCUGGAGGGCAGUUACAAUGACGAGUUUUUCGGCACAAUUUUUGUUACCUCUGACAGCCAAACUACCAAGGCGAGGCGCAUUACCAAGCUUCGGACAGUUCUCCAAGACCUCAAUCAUACAUUCAUUCAUAUACUGAUAACCCAAGAUCGUCAAAAGUUCCUCUAAGGUAUUGGAGAUGUGGCUCGCACGAGAUCUGAG